GCCGCAUUUCAUGCCUCCAAUGUGGCGUCCUCCAUGUAGGCAGUGGCUGUGGUUUCUACCACAGGUGGCCACUGUAGUUCUGAGCAGUAGCUGCGCUCCCGCCAGCCUGGGUUGCAGAAGCAGCAAACUUUAUUCCUGCUUACGGCUCCAGAAAACCACACUUCUCCGAGAGUUUGGAAUCGCCGUUUCCUUUUCGAUUUCCAAAGUUCCUUUUUUUUUUUUUUUUUUUUUUUUUUAAAGCCCUUGUCUGUUUCCUGUGUUAUUUCUGGACACCUUCCCCAGGUCCCUGAUCCUCUCAGACUCAAACCAUGAGCCUUCGGCAGCUGCUGUUGCGCUUGUCCGGUUACCUCGGGGCUUCUGGUCCCCCAUAUCGCCAGUGGUGGUGCUCCAGAUCCCCUGACACCAUCUCCUCGGUGGGCUCCUGGCGUGGUCGGUCUUCCAGGUCUCCAGCCCAUUGGAACCAGGUGGUAUCAGAGGCAGAGAAGAUCGUGGGCUAUCCCGCAUCCUUCAUGAGCCUCCGCUGCCUGCUCAGUGACGAGCUCAGCAACAUCGCCAUGCAGGUUCGGAAGCUGGUGGGGACUCAGCACCCACUGCUCACCACUGCCAGGGGCCUUGUGUACGACAGCCGGCAGAACCUUCAGCUGCGAGGCCUGGUGGUGCUGCUCAUUUCUAAAGCAGCAGGGCCCAGCACCGGGAGCUCCUCAUCUCAGAGCUACGACGUGGUCAGUGGGAUACACUCGUGUCAAAGAAGUUUGGCAGAGAUCACAGAGCUUAUCCACACGGCUCUCCUGGUGCAUCGUGGGAUAGUAAAUUUAAGUGAAUUGCAGUCUUCUGAUGGACCACUGAAAGACAUGCAGUUCGGAAACAAAAUCGCUAUCCUGAGUGGAGACUUUCUCCUAGCAAACGCCUGCAAUGGACUAGCUCUUCUGCAGAACACAAAGGUCGUGGAACUUUUAGCAAGUGCUCUUAUGGACUUGGUGCAAGGCGUGUACCAGGAAAACUCUGCUUCGGCCAAGGAAAAUGCUAUCACAGAUGACAUUGGAAUGUCGACCUGGAAGGAGCAGACUUUUCUGUCCCACUGUGCCUUGCUAGCGAAGAGCUGCCAGGCUGCGUUGGAGUUAGCAAAGCACGGCACCGAGCUGCAGGACACGGCCUUUCAGUACGGGAAGCACAUGGCCAUGAGUCACAAGAUCAAUUCUGACCUCCAGCCUUUUAUUAAAGACAAGAGCAGCGACUCCAAGACCUUUAGCCUAAACUCCGCCCCUGUGGUCUUACAUCAGGAGCUUCUUGGAAGAGACCUGUGGAUCAAGCAGAUUGGAGAGGCUCAAGAAAAAGGACAGCUCAACUACACUAAGUUGCGAGAAACAAUCAAAGCUGGCAGAGGUGUGACUUCAGCUAUUGACCUGUGUCGUUACCAUGGAAACAAGGCCCUGGAGGCCCUGGAGAGCUUCCCUCCCUCAGAGGCCAGAUCGGCUUUAGAAAACAUUGUGUUUGCUGUGACCAGAUUUUCAUGACACCAAAUUUAAAAGACACUAUUGUUCCACAGCUGAAAAACCCGGAGAAUGAGGUGGACAGGCCAGCCUUUGUGAUGAAAUAACUAAUGUGUUAAUGACUUUAAAAAUAUAUGUAUUU